CCGCGUGGUUGUCUUAAACCUCGAGAGCCUGGAUCUGUAGUUAUAUUCAUCCCCUAGCUCCCGUCUGGCCCCCAGGAGGACAGCCGCUUCUUUGCGUCUCCCUACUCCUCCCCCGGGGCUGCCCCGAGAAUAGGGUGGAAGAUGUCCAUGGAUGUAACCUUCCUAGGAACAGGCUCUGCAUACCCAUCACCCACCAGGGGAGCCUCUGCUGUAGCUCUCCGAUGUGAAGGUGCCUGCUGGCUCUUUGAUUGUGGGGAAGGGACACAAACACAGUUCAUGAAAAGCCAGCUUAAAGCAGGGAGAAUUACAAAGAUCUUCAUAACUCAUCUUCAUGGGGAUCACUUCUUCGGCCUUCCCGGGCUUCUUUGCACUAUCAGUCUCCAGAGCAGUCCCGCAGCUUCCAAACAACCUAUGGAAAUCUUUGGGCCGGUAGGGCUUCGGAAUUUCAUCUGGAAGACUAUGGAGCUCUCUCGCUCAGAGUUGACCUUCCCCUACGUUGUCCAUGAGUUGGUGCCCACAGAAGAUCAGUGCCCUGCUGGAGAAUUAAGAGACUUCUCUCACCGAGAUGGAGCUGAUAGGCCUCCCAAAGAGAUACAAGGGAGAACAAUCCUCUUAGACUCAGUUGAAGGCUCCUAUGUACUGGUCAAUGAUGAGCAGUUUCUUGUGAAAGCAUUUCGCCUCUUCCAUCGCAUUCCAUCCUUUGGUUUUUCAGUAGCAGAGAAGGAACGUCCAGGUAGACUCAAUGCACAGAAACUAAAAGACCUUGGUGUCCCGCCAGGUCCUGCCUAUGGGAAACUGAAAAAUGGAGUUACUGUCGUUUUGGAAAAUGGAGUUAAAGUUUCUCCCCAAGAUGUCUUAGAAAAGCCUAUUCCUGGAAGAAAAAUAUGCAUUUUAGGUGACUGCUCUGGGGUUGUAGGUGAUGAAGGAGUGAAACUGUGCUUUGAGGCAGAUCUUUUGGUUCAUGAAGCCACCCUGGAUGACACUCACAUGGACAAAGCGAAAGAAUACGGUCAUAGUACCCCACGUAUGGCGGCAGAGUUUGCCAAGUUGUGCAGAGUCAAGAAACUGGUUCUCACUCACUUCAGUCAGAGGUACAAACCACCUCUUGUGUCUGGAGAGGGAGAAGCAGAUGAUAUUAGAGAAUUAAAAAAGCAAGCAGAAUCGGUGUUGGAUUUCCAAGAAGUGACUCUAGCAGAGGAUUUUAUGGUGAUUGACAUUCCAAAGAAAAAAACUAUCAGCAUUACCUGAGUAUGUUUGCAUGUGCCAAUUUGUAACUGAGCCUACUCUCCAGAUUUCUGUCUGAAAUUAUUUUGGGCCCAAUAAUCCCAGGAGGGGUGGGGCUACAUUGCUGAAUUGACCUUUGUGUGGCCUUAAUGGUAUUGCACAGAGUGGCUCUUAACACCAGCAGCCUUCUUAAAGUCCCAGUUUGAAUAAAUGAUAGCCUGAUUAGAUAAAUAUUUACUGUAGUUUAACUGUUCCCUUGAAUUUGAUCUAGUACUCUCCCCUUACCAGCUCAAUGUUUUUGUUGUCAUUACCUAAAUGCAGAGAAAACUCUGUUUUCUGCUAACAAUGAAUUAAGCAGAAAAAAGAGAUGAGGUGUAAGGAAAAUCUUAGAAAGCACUUGAGGAUGAAUAUAAGAAUUCAAAAAUGCUAUAUUUUAGCUGAAGUACUUAGCACAAGGUUGAAUUAAACAUCUAAUUUAACUUGGUUUCUGUUUAAAUUUGAAUGUAAUCAAAACUGCUAACUUAUAUGGUUUUAGAAUUAAUAUCUGGAUCAAUCUCUAUUAUGCAGAUACUACAAAAGACUGUAGGAAUUAUUUGUUUGGACUUGCAUACUUCACGUAGUCAAAUAUUACUUGAAAUACGUGGGUUACAAUAUACAGCAAAAUAUUCAUAGCAUUCAUAGCAAAGAACUGGAAAUAAAGUAGAUGCCCUUCCAUUGGGAAAUCAUUAUACAAAUUAUGGCACAUGAAUGUAAUAGAAUGUUUCUGCAAUAUGAAGAAGCUUGGAAAGACUUAAUCUGAAUUGAUGCAAAGUAAAGUAAGCAGAACCAGGCACAUGAUCUCUGUGGUUACUACAGUGAUGUAAAUAGAAAAAAACAAAAAUAAAACUAGAUGUUGUGUCAUUCUAAUGCUCAAGUUCCGUCCUAAAGAAGAGAGAGAAGUCACUUCUCUCCUUUCAAGUACAUUCCCUGAAAAUAGACUUAUCUUCAUGUUAAUCAGUUUUGUUACCUAACAGCAGCAGGAGCAACAAAAGUCUGGUUCCUUUUCAGUCACUGUUUGUAUUGUUUUUUUGGCCCUGUAUUCCUCUUUGCAACACGUCAUCCAGAAAAUCUUUUAAAAAUAUGGACUUUGUACACUACUUUUCUGAGGCAGAUUACAUAGCAACAUUAAGUUUCCAUAAGAAACUUCAUGCUGAUGGUAACUGAGAUUGACCCAUAGGUUUCUUUAGUGUAUUAAUUGUAGAUAUUUAUUUAAAUAUAUAACUUAUGCAGGAGUCCGUAAUACUCUGGUGAAUAGGUUUAAGAGAGUCCCAAGGGGAAUCCAAAGAUAAAAAUAAAAAAAGGAGACAGGCAUAUGAUCCUUCCGUCAGGGUUGGCCAGCUGACCUGUGGCUCUUCUGUAUUUAUGGCCUCCUGGGGAGUUGAGGGGGUGGGUGGUGGGUGGCAGAAUUGAUUGGACCGUAAGAGCCUGUUCUACUAAGGUGACACACAGGCUUUCCUAACCUGGAAAGGACUUUCAGUGAUACAUUAAGUUGCUAGCAAGAGCCAAGACAGAAUUAUGAAAUUGAAAAUUCCUUCCUUGGUCUUUACUAUCUACCUCCUGCUUUUCCUUUUUCCUCUUAUUCCAAAUAAUCUCUAAUGAGGGGAGGAUAUAUUUUUGUACUGGGAGAACCUUCUGUCACCAGGUUACAUCUUCCACACUGCUAUCUAAGUUACUGACAAUGUUACUCUGCUUAGUAAAUUCCAGACUCCUGGUUGCCUUUAGACUUGAAUAUAAACUCUUCUCUAUUGGGCAUUGAAAGCUAUUCACAACCUCGCCCCAACAUACCUUUCCAACCUUAUUACACUAUACUCUCCUUCAUGCCUACUGUAUCUUAAACGUGGCCCUCUACGUGCUGUCUUUGUGUCCCCCUUGCCUGGAAUGCCCUCCUUCCUUCUCUCUGCCUCUUAGAAAUCCUAAUUUCCUUUAAGAUUUAGCUCAAAUGCCACCUUCCACAUGAAAAAUUUCCUGAUACUUUCUACCCCAGCUCCUAGUUUCUUUAUAAAAUCAUUUGUUUUGUAUAUAUCUGGAUAUACAUGUUGUUUUCUCCAAAAUAAAUUGUAAGCUCUUUGAGAGC